AUGCCCUAUAUACAGGAAGCCUACGAGUCAUCAUCUGCAAAUUGCCAGACCUGCUAUGACUUGGACCCUAAGCAUAUCCCCCAGGCAUCUUCUAUCAUCAAACCCGGCCGUCAACCAGGGCACUUUUCCAUGCGAGAGGGUCACUUGAAGGACGUUCUCAAGCUUGGAAAGCACGUCUGUUUCAACUACCCCGGAGCAGCGGAAGCGCAGGAUGAGUGUCUGGCUUGUCGCCUAGUGAUCAGCGCACUCUAUCACCUCCACUAUAAUGAGGAAUUGUUUAAUUAUGCCGGUGCACUGGUCUAUAUUGAUGGCUCCAUAGAUGGCUCCAUGUCGCUCCGUCUGCUGUUCGUUUAUGACAAGCUGGACACUGGAGCUUUCUGGUAG